UUUGUCACCGAUUUUGUUCAAAAUUUGUAUUAACAGAAUUUCUAGGCGCACCCGAGGCGUAGAGGGUGUCCGGUUUGGUGGCCUCAGCCUCGCAUCUCUGCUCUUUGCAGAUGAUGUGGUUCUGUUGGCUUCAUCAAACAGUGAUCUCCAGCUCUCAUUGGAGCGAUUCACAGUUCCGAGUGUUAAGCGACUGGUCCUCAGUCGAAAAAGGGUGGUGUGCCCUCUCCAGGUCGGGAUGAGAUCGUUCCAAGUAGAGGAGUUCAAGUAUCUAGGGGUCUUGUUCACAAGUGAGAGAGGAAUGGAGCAGGAGAUCGACAGACUGAUUGGUGCAGCGUCUGCAGUGAUGCGGACUUUUCUAUUGGUCCAUUGUGGUAAAGAGUGAGCUCAAACAAAAGGUGAAGCUCUCAAUUUACCAGUUGAUCUACGUUCCCAACCUCACCUAUGUGCAUGAGCUGUGGGGCGUCACCAAAAGAACAAGCUCUCGGAUAGAAGCGCCCGAAAUGAGUUUUCUUCGCAGAGAGUCCGGCCGCUCUCUUAGAGAUAGGGUGAGAAGGUCAGUCAUUCAGGAGGGGCUCAGUGUUGAGCCGUGACUCCUCUGCGUUGAGAGGAUCCAGAUGAGGUGGCUGGAGCAUCUGAUCGGGAUGUCUCCUGGACCCUUCCCUGGUGAGGUGUCCCAGGCAUGUCCCACCAGAAAGACACCCUGAGGAGGACCAGGGACACACUGGAGAGACUAUGUCUCUCUGCUGGCUUGGGAAUGCCUCAGGAUCCCGCCGAAAGAGUUGGAAGAAGUGGCUGGGGAAGGGAAGUCUGGGUAUCCCCGCUGAAGGUACUUCCCCCGCGACCCGACUCGGAAAAACGGUGUAAAAAAAAAAAAAAAAAAGAUGAAUGGAAGCUUAUUUAAAUUAUUUUGUGAGACUACCUCCAUGCAAUGGUUUUAUUCAGACUUCAAGUUUUAUGGAAACUGGGCGUGUGGGUGGCACGACGAGGUACAGCUCACCACCUUUGCUGCUGCUCGAAUUUAAAGAUCUGUACAUUACACAAGACUGAAAUGGGUAACAGAUCCACUCGUUAUUGUAGGUGCUAUAAAUUGACAGAUAGAAAUUGUGCAUACUAUUUUAAAGUCAAGAUUUAAUUCAAGUGCCUAGAUUAUUCAUCCAAGAUGUUCCAGUCUUUUGGGACAAAAAUUUAAAAAAAUGGUUAAAAUGGGGCAAGGGGUUAAUGAAACUUCUGGAACAGUGUGUUGGGUGGUGGUAUGAAUGGUGAGCAAGGAGUGAAGAUAGGGUGGAUCUUACACGUUUUAAAUAAGUUAUCACAGUUUUUUUUUUUUCUGUGUGAAAGAAUAGGUGUUAAUGGAACAAGAGUACAGUUCACAGUGCUGAGUAUUAAAGGGAAUUUAAGUGACAAAGUGGUGACAUGGUAAAUAGUGCAUGUCGAAGAGAUUUUAAAGAUGAUCUCGACUUUUUUUUUUUUUUUUUUAAACUCCAAGAUCUACUUUUAAAACACCCAGCCUCUUGCAAUCUAUUGAUAUGGUGGCUGCCGGAGAAAGCAAGACACUGUAAAGAGGAAGUCAACUUGUUCGAACGCAUCUUUAUGUGUGUGCAAUUGACGUAUCUGCUACACCUGAAUCAAGCAACGAGAUAGAUGAUAGGCUGACGUCUUUUUUUUUUUUUUUCUCUUGGCACGCCGUCACGCCAUCGACCAAAACUGCCUCUGCGAUCGACUGGUUAAUUGCGAGCAACACAUUGAGCACCCCGGAUCCAUAUAUGGUAUAUCUUCCAGGAAGCUGCACAAAUGUUCAUGGAAGCUUCACAACCAGAACUGGAAAGGACCAAUCACUAGAGAUCGACAGCAAUGACGAGAGCUCAACCAGCUAGCUGAGUGGCGCAAAAACAACCUACCUAUGGCUAUGGUAUGGCAAUGGAUCCUGGUUAAAGUAAGCCUUUUUAAACUAAAAAUGAUCCACGCAUGGCUCACGCACAAAGCCAACAGCGAGUUGGAGAGUUCGACUGUAAAGUUACCUGCUACUAAUGGGUACACAAGUACUUAUUAGUUACUAGUGAGCUUGUGGACCAGCAGAUUGGCAUUGGAUCCAUCCAGUACUCCACAGCCUUUCUCCAUACAUCAAACGUAAAUGCAUGAGACACUUAAGGGAAAGUUAAUAGUUGGCAAGCUAAUGGUCUUGUUAAACCGCAGCAGGGGUCAAUGCCUCGCUCAGUCAGCUUGUGUGUGAGUCCCCUCCCACAUAAAAGACAUGGAAAAGCCAACUAUUUAAUGUCGCGACACGUUUUUCAGUAAGAAGCUGACUAGACAUGAGCACAUACCGUAAGGGUGAACAUAUUUGAUUGACUCAUGGGUUGGCUUCAGUGAAUAUGCCCACAAAGACCAGCAGCUCAAGGGCAGACAUCUUUUUUUUUUUUAAAGCCUUAUCUCACAUACAUAGUGAUUUGUUUUAUUCAAAAUUGGCAUGCUCUGUGGUGUUUGAAAAAAAAUGUUUUUUCCCCUCUUUAAAUCCAGUAUAAAAACCACAUUUUUUAAAAAUUUAUAGAUUACAGACAAAACGAAGCUUGGAUUAAAAGGUGUGGUGAAUUUUAAUAGCACGCAUCAACAUGUUGAAAAGUUCAAUAUUGCGAUCGUGACAGAUAGUGGGGGUGCAAGAGAGGACUGGAAGUACAAAAGUAGUGGUAUGAGGCAGAGAGCAAGUGACUGAGUGAGACAGAGCAAGUGAGAGAGCCCAAUAGAGCAAGCAAGAAGGCGGUUGUGUGAGUGGGAGAGAAAGAGAGAGAGAAAGAGUAGUGAUGGUCGACGCCAGGCUGCCACCAUUCUGUAGCAGUGAGUGGCUGCAACAAAAAGCACAGAAUAACAUCCCUGGCUCACUGCUCGGAUUUUUUUUCCCUCUUCUCGGAUCUCAGCAAGCAGAUGAAGGCUCUGCUGAGACAAUGUUGGGAGUUAACCGGCGUCAAAAGCAGAACCUUUGGAUGCCAUCAACAAGUUAGGUGUGACGACGAAGAGCUAUGAAAGGGAAAAGGCUUGAUGUUGAAGUAACCGGCUGAUCUAACAUUAUUGCAGUGGAAAGGGGGGAAAAAAAGGUCAAAAGAAAAAGGAGGAGAACCUUACCCAGAAUUGCACCAAUUGCAAAUGUGCAACAUUGGGGAAAAAAAAAAAAAAAAAAACAGCUUUACGUCAAGGACUUGUUGGAUAAAGAAGACAACUUGAACGUUUCCUGGAUUUUAUGGGACAGCAAAGAAAAACUGGAAUAAAGAUCCUGGGACAUGGAAAUGUAUAUUCUCUCUCCUUUGCGUGGGCUGAGUAUUGCUUCAUUUCAAAAGCGGCUGGUUCAUUUCGUGCUAUUCCAAGCAGGUUCUUACCGUUUAAAUUUUUCUUCCAUGUGGUUGCUCAGGAAGUCUGCGGCAAAGGACAGUUGAAUUCUGCUUCCGAUGUGCACAAAAGAAUGGGUUUUCAUUCAAGGUGGCCGUUGGUGGGACCUGCACCAGCGGCUCUUUGUGUGUAUAUGAUCAGCAUGCUCGUGUGCCUGCUCCCUUCUGCAUCAUGCACAACUUGCCCUCAAAAAUGCCGCUGUGAGGACUUGCAGUUCUACUGCGACACCCAAGGACUUCAGGCACCCCCAGAUGGUGUGGACAAAGGGGCCCUGGGGCUUUCACUUCGGCACAACAGCAUCACUGAACUCAGCCCUGAUCAAUUCUAUGGCUUCAGUCAGCUCACCUGGUUACACCUAGACCACAACCAGAUUACUACGGUUCAAGAAGAUGCCUUCCAAGGGCUCUAUAAACUGAAGGACCUUAAUCUGAGCUCCAAUCGUAUCACCAAGUUGCCCAAUACAACCUUUAUCCACCUCAUUAAUCUGCAGAUUUUGGACCUGUCCUUCAAUCAGAUGACUGCACUGGAACCAGAACUGUUUCAUGGAUUAAGAAAGCUACAAAUACUCCACCUACGUUCCAAUUUACUCCGUACCACACCUGUUCGUGCAUUCUGGGACUGCCGUAGCCUGGAAUACCUUGGUCUGAGCAGCAACCGUCUACGGAGUCUAGCCCGAAAUGGUUUUGCUGGCCUCAUCAAACUCAAAGAGCUCCACUUGGAGCACAACCAGUUGACAAAGAUCAAUUUGGCCCAUUUUCCCCGCCUUGUGGGGCUCCAAUUUCUUUAUCUGCAGUGGAAUAAGAUCAGCAACAUAACAUGCGGCAUGGAGUGGACAUGGACCACUUUAGAGAAGUUGGAUCUUACAGGAAAUGAAAUCCGUGGCUUGACACCCGAUGUCUUUCAAACGCUACCAAAUCUCAAGAUUUUGUUGUUGGAUAACAACAAAUUAAGCAGUCUGGAUGCCCAAGUCAUGGAUAUGUGGCAGUCUCUAAGUACUAUUGGAUUGUCUAGCAACCUUUGGGAAUGUACAAAAAGGAUUUGCUUUCUAGCCACUUGGCUAAGCACCUUCAAUGGAAGGUGGGAACAUUCCAUUCUCUGCCAUAGCCCUGAAUAUGCCCAAGGUGAGGAAAUUCUUGAUGCUGUGUAUGGAUUCCAACUUUGCCAGAAUUUUUCAGCACCAGUUGUUCAGACAACUAGUACAACCACAGACGCUACCACCACUAUAGAGAUGACAAGUUCAUUUUUUGGAAUUAUGCAGCCAACCCCUACGCAGGACUAUGGAGAGGAUUUGGGGAGCUUUACCACACUCACAACCACAAUAACCACAAAACAAACGCCCAUCAUUUCACAAGCAACCAUUACUGCAUUUGAAGAGACAGCUGUAACAGAUGACUUUUCCAUCAUGGACAAUACCGUUAUGACUCAUCGGGUUAUCAUGGGGACAAUGGCUCUUCUGUUUUCAUUUUUUUUCAUCAUUUUUGCUGUAUAUAUCUCACGGAAGUGUUGCCCCCCUACACUGCGCCGGAUACGCCACUGUUCCGCUAUUCAGAACCGCCGACAGAUGAGGGCCCAGCAGCGGCAGCCUAUGGCAGAUCUAGCUACACAGGUGCCCUAUAAUGAGUAUGAGCCCAGUCACGAAGAAGGAGCACUUGUAAUCAUUAAUGGCUAUGGGCAGUGCAAGUGUCAGCAACUGCCUUACAAAGAGUGUGAAGUAUGAACUUUUAUUUAUUGCUAGGGCAUAUGUUUUGCCAUUUGAUAAUACAGGGUUUGCUUUUUGAAUUUGUUUUGAAGUUCAUGUAAAUAAAAAAAAAAUAAAUAAAAUAAAAUUAAAAAAUUUCUACUUUCUGGGAUUUAAAAAAAAGAUGAUAAAUGGUUAUUUGCCCAAUAACUGAUGUGAUGGUAUUAGAGAGAUGUAGAGAUAGACAUUUAUUUUUCUAUAAAUGGAAACUGUUCAUACAAGGCAGGGGCAAUCAUUUUAAAAAGUGUCAACUGUGAGAUUUGUCUCCACCAUAUGUCAAUAUUCCUCAGCACAUAGCAUAUAUUUAGUCAAAUGACCCUCAACAAACAUUAUGUGAAACCAUUGCAUCGUCCUUUUAAAAAUACUUGAAUUCACUUCUUACCCACACAACACUAAACAAGCCAACAAAACUAUAAAGUGGAUAAAUGUACUUUUCUGAAAGGAAACCUUUCCAUUCAGAGAUUACAAAUCACUAUUCCUGAGGGGAAAAUAGCUGACAAGUCUUUCAUGCUUGUAACGCCGAUGUACACCACCAACUAAAGAUAGUUUUAUUCAUGCCAUUGAUGUAAAAAUACAAGUGUCAUUUUUAUUUUAAUAUACAAAAAAUACAUUCACAUUUUCAAAAAUACCCAAUGACAAAUAGGGUAAAAAAAAAAAAAAAAAAAAAAAGUCGAGGGGAAAAAAAAAAAACUAAACUUUCUGAGUACCCAAGGCUCUUUACAGCUAACACUAAUCAGGACUGACACCCCGAAGAUUAAACCAAUUAAGGCAAGGCAAAAGAAUCAAAUAUCCUGUCACCCACACCAGUGAUCUGGCAACAUUUGGUUGUUCAGACAAAUAAAGUUUUUAUUAGACUUAAACACUCUCACAAAAAACAGCAUAACUGAUUUUUUUUAAUGUAGUUUCUAGUUGCAAAUAAUUUGCAAACUUCUAUACAAUGACAAUUACCGGAUGUGACAACCUAAACUGUUGUCAAUACCCUGAAAACAAAUGAAGAUCAAGUGAUAAGGAAACAGCAAGCCUGGGUCAGAACAUAUUUGUAUGCAGGAAGAAGAGGAUGUGCAUUAGCAUCAGACUAAAGCUUCUGCUGCAGCUCCACACUGUGUGCUCAAUUUGGUGGUGGGGGGCAGGGUGAAAAAGAGCAUUACAGAGAAUAUGAUGUCAAGGAUGAAAGGUGCAACUAGGGGUUAAGUAUUUGUUUAUUUAAACUAAUGUGCAUCUUUAUGACCCUUUAAAAUACGUGGACAAAUGUGUCAAGUUAUUUAAUUACAAUGAAAAGUAUAAUUGUCACAAAAAUUUGUCAUCUGUGCAAUGUUUAAAACUCUGAAAAUGUUGAUAAAAUGUUUAAUUAAAAGACAACACCCAAAACCACUUCAACUUACACUGGAGACAGCCAAGCAGUGUCAUUUGUGGCUGUGCCCGUCAAUUUUUUUUUUUUUUUUUAAAUUGUGUGGGGGGGGGAUAGUCCAAUAAAUGUUUGUGUCAGUGUGACAGCAUAUUGUCAUGAGAUGUAUACAUAAAAUUUUGAGUGUUUUAUACACAAAAUUGUUUAAUUUAAAUGAAAAAAAAAAAGGUCUUUCUAUUUUUGAGUUCCUUCAGCUUCGCACUGCUAUUACAACACCCCUCUUAUCUGUCUUGCAUGUUUAAAAGUGCUUUUCAGGGGACACAGACAUUCAUUUAUGGUACAGCAAAACCAAGGAAAUAUAAUGCAUUCCAAUCAAGUUUGAUCAACUUUUUGACAUUUCACUGUUGAAAACUAUGGUUGUACCAUGUGACGAAAAAGCCACAGUAUUUGUAGAAUUAUGCGUCGCUCUGCACUUUGGCUCUUUGUAAAAUGUUUGUUUCCUCUUCACAUCCUCUAGCUCCCUAACAUGCCUCAAAAAAAAUAAAGGGGGAAAAAAAGGAAAAAGAUCCCUUCCUCUCUCACCCAGCAGUUUUGUGCAAAAUGAAUGCUUUGCAUAUUUUGUAUUGUUAAUGUACAAUUUCAUUAUCUGUAUAGUGCAGAAAAUGUGCCAUCAUAAAAAUAUCCUCCAAAUACACAGUAUAUUUUUAAAUAAAAUGAUUUAAAUUACAGUGUACUUGAUUAAUAUUUAAAAUGUACUUUACUGUAACAUUACCAGGCAGUUUUGGGACAUCUGUACAGAACACUAAAGCAGCUAGAGUGUAAACAUUUAAUUGACAAGGUUCAUGGUAAAUAAAAUUUGUUACAUUAUAUUGACAUACUAAGUG